UCUAUAAUAGAAAUUUGACUCUAAAAUAGAGUAGGGUUGGAGAUGCCCUAACGAUGGAAAGUAAAAUAUAGAGGUCCUCAAAAUCCUAAUCCGCAACUAGUUGAUUUCUUGUGUUCCACCACUCAUUCUCUCGACAACAGAACUUAAAAAAAAAAAGCCUCGAUUCAAGGGCAUCUCAACCCAUCUCAACCUCCAAUACACGACAUUAUAUUGAUUGAGUAGCGAAAUAGUCUUUUUGUUAUUGUUGUUGUAUGCGUUCCAUUAAUCUCGUUAAACCUUGUAAUCGGACUUGUGAACAAAUUUUGACACUUUUUGGUUCCUCUGUAAUCGGACUAGAAUGUAUAUAGACUAGAGCAACAACAGAAAAUAGAGAGAAGAGUCAAUGGUGAGAAAGGAGACAAAACAGAGGCUGAGAGGCCAAGACACUGCCAAGGAGGUCAGAGAAGGAGCGUUCAUAUGUCCAAGCUGAGCUGCCUUGAGAGAUGUAAGGUUGUUAUCAUGUUAUGGAUGCACUUAGCAAUUUCAAAUGUCGCAUGAUUACAACUCCAUGAUUAUGUGCCGAAACAUAAGAAAGCCUCAAGGAUUGUCAAAUUACCUCAACCAUGUUGAGUCGUGGAGACAAAUCUCAGUAGUGUCUUUCCUAAGUACAAUAAAAGUUGUCAUGGGUCGGCUUUGGAGUCUAAAAAAAAAAAAACACAAGAAGAAAAUUCUGAAUCUGUUAGGAGUGGUCACUCGGUUUGAAGUUAGAAAAUGAAAGGAAAAAAAUUAUUUUUUUAGAGGGAGAGGUCAUGUUUUCAGGUGGGAUCUAUAUGCUUUCCAUGGUGCUUUUGUUAAUGUAACAAGAGUUCAAGCGCCUCCUCGACCUCACGCUCAUGAUCAAGCACCAGAAAAUGGGAGCUCUAUAAGAGACAAGAAAGGUAGAAACAAAUGAGUUAGAAACAUUGUCACAAGUUUUAAAAUUGAUAUAGAGAUUCUGAGAUUUAAAAAGUGUUAGAACUAUUGGCAGUAAGAAGCGUUAGUUAUAGCGGACACAUUGCGAUAAUUGCGGUUUCUACUUUUAUUAAUAUUUUGGUGUUUAUUUGUCUAAUCAAAUUCUAUGCUCGGAGGAGUAAACCAGACAGAACCAAUGGUAAGUCUACAUACCUUGUUUCUUGCUUCAAUCAACCUUAAGAGAGGUAUUGAUAAGAUUGUGAGUUACAGUUCUCCAAUCUCAUCACCUAAGAACACCUAAGAACAGAGCACAUAAGCUCUAAUUCCUCUUUACACAUCAAUGAUCACACAUGAUGCCCUUUACAAUAGUAAUCUAUCUCUAUUUAUACUCUACAUUGUUCUCAUUCUUUUAGCUCCUCACAUGUGCCUCUCAUGUGCUUAUCAGGUAUGCUUAUUUUCAUUUCUUUUAGUUGGUAAUGCAGAGUACUCUGAUUUGGAUGGUCAAUUUAUGUUACGUUUUGAUCUUGAUAUGAUCGUAAAGGCAACGGAUGGAUUCUCAUCUGAAAAUAAGCUUGGCCAAGGUGGAUUUAGUACAGUCUAUAAGGGGACAUUACUAAAUGGGAAAGAGAUAGCUGUGAAGAGAUUAACAAGAGGGUCAGGACAAGGAGAUAUGGAGUUUAAGAAUGAGGUUUCACUCCUGACGAGACUCCAACAUAGGAAUCUAGUUAAGCUUCUUGGGUUUUGUAAUGAAGGAGACAAAGAGGUUCUUGUCUACGAGUUUGUCCCCAAGACCCCAACUCAAGUCUUGAUCACUUUAUCUUCGGUGAGCCUUUUUUCAAAAAGACAUGGAAGAGAUGGGUUGAAGGAAAGCCGGAGACUAUAAUCGAUCAUUUCUAUACAGAGUCCAAGACACGAGAUCACCAAAUUGAUCCAGAUUGGUUUGUUGUGCGUUCAAGAGAAUGCAGCAAAGAGACCAACCAUGAGCUCUGUCAUAGUUUGGCUUGGCAGCUAGACAGUCACCAUUCCUUUACCUAAGGCUGCUGCUUUCACUAGAAAUCAAACCCAAUCUGAGAAUGGUGCAACGUCAUCAGUGAGCGAAGUCUUUACGGAAUUGAGUUCUCGUUGAGUUUUAGUGAGGAAACAAAAAACAUUGUAUUUGUUUUUAUAAAUGCAUGAACUCGAAGAUUUAAUAUUAAUGAUCUCUUAUACUUCUCAAUGUAGCAGAGUUUUGAUUUUGAUCUUGAAAACUGUCUUUCCCAGUAUAUAUAUAAAAGGUAAAAAAAAUCAAAAGAGACAAAAAGAAACCACCGAAGAUAUUUUCAAAUCAAGUAAAAAGUACCAAAAGCAUAUAAAACGUUUGAACUCUUUUAAA